AUGCUAGCCCCGGCGAGUGUCACUCUCUGCUUGCACACCUGGGUAGCGUCCACCGCUCGCCUCUCCAGGUCGUCCGCCGUUGCCACGGCGACGGCAAGCUCCGUCGGCCUGCAGUUCUCCGACGCUGGAAGCUGGCCCGCGACUUCGCAGACGCCAUUCGUGGUGCUGCACGGGCUGCUCGGCGCCGGCAGCAACUUCCAGACCUGGGCGGCGCGCCUCGGUGACGACUGCGCCGCCAAGGGCGCUGCGCGGCGCGUGCUGCUCGUAGACCUGCGCAACCACGGCUCGAGCGACAAGGCGGCGACGAUGUCGUUCGUCGAGAUGGCGGCGGACGUGCGGCGGCUGCUCGACGAGCAGGGCAUCCCGAAGGCCAUCCUCUGCGGUCACUCGCUCGGCGGGAAGGUUGCGAUGGCGCUCGCGCUGCAGUCGCCGGAGCGCGUCGAGCGGCUGGUCGUGCUCGACAUGGCGCCGGUGAGCGACCCGGGCUUGCGCGCUUUCCUGCUGACAAAUCUCGUCCGCCGCUCGGGCGAGACUGAGCCGAGACUGCGCCGAGACUGCGCCGAGAACAAACGAGGCGGGCAGGGCUUUGCGUGGCGCGUGAACCUGCGUGCGAUCGCAGACUCGCUGGGCGAGCUGGCGCGGUGGGAGGUGGGCGGGGAGGUGUACGGCGGCAACACCCUCUUUGUGGCGGGCGGCAGCUCGCGUCACAGUCGUCGCACCGAUUUCUGUUUCUGAUCGCCUGGUGUUUGUCGCCAGGCGGGCGGCCAGUCGCGGUACGUGCGCUCGUCGUAUCUCGCUGCCAUCUCGGAGCAGUUCAGCACCUUCUUCCUCUCGACGAUACGCAGCGCCGGGCACUGGAUACACGCCGACGAGCCGGACGCGCUCCUCCUGAUCAUCUCCUCCUUCCUCGACGUUCCGCCCUCUGGACGCAGCUGACCCCAGCAGCUAUCGGCCACGAUUGCUCUCGACGAAGCCUCGCGACUCUAGAGGCGUGCGCUCCCUCAGAACGGCAUACUCAGAACGGAGUCGCGAGUCGGCUGCUGUGGCGCGUGGUGGCUGGCUGCAGGGGGCCAUAGCACAGAAGUAAGGAGUCCACCGUCGGCGUGGACGUCCGCGAGGUGUGUUUUGCGGCCGCGAGUCCCGCACUUGGUCCCGCCACGCGCCAGCGGCCGCGGCCCGCGCGCGCGACAAUAUUGGACUUUGGAGAGGGCGAGAGAGAAAAAGAG